AUGGCGCCUUCCAUGGGCAUACGCAAUUCUAUCGGCAGCCCAAUAUCAAGCCCAAUGAUCCUGGAACUGGGUGAGGAUUCAUCAGCUCAAGCUGGUGGUCCAACCUGUCCCAGAGGCCUAUUCGAUUCACCUGCCUCUCAAGAUGACAAGGGUGCUUCAGCUUCGACAGGCCUAUUCUCGCGCAACUUUACUGGUGAGGAGGAUUUCACUGAUUUUCGGGAGCUAAUAGGCAGACUCGAAGAACAGUAUAUACAAGAGAUGAUCCUUCUCAAUGAUGAGAACAGGUUACUGAAAGCGCAAAUGGCCCAAGUUAUGGGCGGAGGCACAGACGACAACAGCUUCAAUCUGGAAGAAGGCGAGGAGCCACCAGCUGGAGAUGCAAGUGAGGCGGCGCCGAUCCCGAACCAAACUUUUGAGAUGUCCGCGGUUCUGGAGCCUAACUUCCGGCCGGGACCGCAGGUCCACGGCGGACCACUCAGCGCAGCUGAAGGCUCGCAGAAUUCGAAGCGGGUGCCUUCCGUAGGGCUUCCGCCGACUGUUGAGGAGCCUGUUGGCCACCGCGUGAGCCGCGAAAGUGAGGCCGAAUCAGUUGUGAUGGGCAGCGCGGCCACAAACCAAAUGAUCGCCAAGAUUGAUGCAGACGUGGAGGCUUCAAAGGAGAAAAGAAACGACUGCGCAAGCCGCCUUGAAAGCGAUAUCUACGAGAUCACCAUUGGCAUGCUGAUCAUCGUCAAUUCCGUGAUCAUGGCGAUUGAAUUUGAAUACCAAGGCUAUGUGGUUGGCCACGAUCUUAACUAUCGAAGGAUGGAAGGCCAUCCCGAUCAGGUGUGGGCUCAUGCCGAAAACGUCUUUUACACCAUCAACUUAGUCUUCACUAUUGCCUUCGUUGUUGACAUUGCCCUCCGCCUUACCUUCCUGCGACUGCGAUUCUUCAAACUGACGUUCAACUGGCUUGACCUGGUGGUUGUCCUCAGCAGCGUUGCAGAGAUCCUGUUUCAAGACCUGAUCCCAGUUGACACGGUCUUCAUGCGAAUGCUGCGGCUCGGGAAGGUCGCGCGGGCCAUGCGGGUGGUUCGCCAUUCCGAGGGGAUGUCCUCUCUGAUCAUGAUGAUCAAGUGCGUGACCUGGGCCUUGUUGAAGUUGUUCUAG